AGCUACUCGGUCGCGCCAGAUAUAUGCGUUGCGUUACUUGUGCUUUUUGCGUUUACUCAACAGAGGCCUUUAGCUGUUGAAGUUCAGCCAUAGAAUUAUUGUCCUGGCUAGGGAACGACGGUUGUUAUAUCUGUGCACCCUGCUCUUGUUUUCAUAUACUUAAGUGCCCCCAACCUGGACACAGGCAUUUCAACUAUUGGGAGUCGCAUAAUGUUAGAGGAUGAGUUCGCUGAGCUGGACCUAAAUGAAAACUCUGAAAACUCUUUAAAUGUACCGUUGAAUUCUGAGUCUUAUCUGCGGACAGGUUUCACACCUGAACGAAAUGUCACACAUGACAUAUCGCCCAUUGACACUGGGAAAGAAACUGUAAACACUGUUUCCGAUGUUGCAUUUGUAAAAGUCACAAGCCCUGCAAAAGUUGGUGAGGGUAUUUCGUCAUACAUAGUAUAUCGUGUUAAUACAAAGUUUAAUGGCAAGGAAUUUUCAGUCCUCAGACGGUUUUCUGAUUUCCUUGGGUUGCAUGAAAGGUUAGUCGCGAAGUAUCUUUCUGAAGGAGUUAUUGUUCCCCCUGUUCCUUCUAAAGAUAUGCUAGCUACAACUAAAGUUAAAAUGUCAAAGGACGUUUCUGCGGAAAAUGAAUUUGUUGAACGUCGCCGAAUAGCUUUAGAACGAUUCCUAUCACGAGUACUCUCACAUCCAGUUUUACAUAUUGAUGAAGAUGUCUGUGAGUUCCUUCGGCAUGAAGGAGAGCUACCACGUGCAACAAACACCCAACUAUUGUCCGGUGCUGCAGCGAUAAAAGUGAUGAAAAAUUUGGGUGAUGCGAUUGGAAAGUUUGCUUACAAAGUUGAUGAUCCCGAAGAGAAUACUGCUGAGGAGUUCUUCUAUCAGAAAGCAGAUGAAUUAGAUAGUUGGGAAAAGCAACUUAAACGUCUUCACUCCUCGCUUCUUAAUUUAGUAUCAGGAGACAAUGACCUAGCAAAUGCCGAAGCUGGCUUGGCUCGUUCAGUUCUUCUCCUGGCUAAUGUAGAAGAAAAUACUGGUCUAGCUCAAGCACUUCAUCAUCUGGCAGAAACAGAAGGACAUGUCGCUGAUUUACACGCUUUACAAGCAGAAGCGCAUACGUGCCAUUUAGUGGAGUAUUCUCGAGAAUUACUAGGCAUGGUUCAGGCUUGCAAGGAUGUUUUAAGUGAACGUGUACGAAUAUAUCGUACAUGGAAAACCGCUGAAGCUAAUCUUCGUUCAAAGCGUGAACAGAAAAUUCGAAUGGAAAUGGCACCUAGAAAUGAUAAUAAGAAGAUGGCCACGAUAACAAUGGAGUUGGAAGAUGUAAGAUAAUUUAUUCCUUUUUUUAUACUGAUUAUUUUCAUUUAAUACUAACAAAAACAAAUAUGCUCCCAUCAGUUUGAAUUUAUUUUUGGAUCAAUUUGUCUCUGAUCCAAUGAUUGAUGAUGAAUUUUAUUAAUAUGUUACCAUAAUAAUUAUUAUUAUGUUGGGGAUGCCAGAUCCCCAGCAAUUUCUUGGCGAACGUCUUAUUUUUGUAAUUUUAUUUCGGGAAUUUUAAUUUGUCGUCUUCGCACCAAAAGUAUCCAUUUUUAUCUCCAGAUUGUAUUUCCAACUUGACAGGACUUUAAAUUUGAUUGGUUCGUCUCUUUUAAUACGCUAUUUUGCGACGUUUCCUAAGGACCUUUUUACGCUGUACAUAUACGCUUGAGUUGUGUGCUUGUCUGUUCCUGCUUCUGGAUGCUUGCGGAAUACACUUUUCCCCUGGCUGAUACCGGUCUUCUCCCUAUAGUUAUCAGGGCUGGGACACAUUGGAGUAGUUUAGCUUGUCUUGUCGUUGUGUUGCUAAUCCUUCGUUCCGUUCACAGAUUUCAGGUGGUCUCGUAAUGUCUUCAAACAUAGCAGUUUAUUUUUUGUGUCAAAUGUCAUGUACAUAUGUAUCAUAUCGGUUAACAAAACGACAUGUUUUUAUUUCUUAUUAUUCCCAUUUAUUAGAUAAUUUACGUCAAUAACUGGGUUUUUUUGUGAACAGCCUUCACUUGAUCGCAGUUCACAUGAAUUUAGACGACUGAUUUCACGUCACACACGACUGACUAUUUGGACGAGAAUACAAGACUUGAAAAUCGUGUAGAUCAAGCUCAGCAUAAGUUUAAUAAUAUAUCUAUAAAUAUUAAAAGAGAAUUCCAAAAUUUCGACUUGAAUCGUUUUGCUUAUUUCAAACAAGCCACUACAGAAUAUUUAGAAUUGUUAUUGCAAAUUCAAUUAAAAGUGUUAGAGAACUGGGAGAAAUAUUUGUCUUAUACAAACGGUAUCAAUUGAUGUAUGCGCAUAUAGGCUCUGUUAACAAUUUUUUUAUUUCUAGAAAAGAAAUAUCCUUGGUUUUGGAAUUAUUUUCCCUCUCUUUAUUACACAAUCAAUAUUCCACACUUAUUUAUCGUUCCAUUGAAAUUUUAAGUUAAACAUAUAUGUUAAUUUCUCAUCCUUUGUGUUCAAGUAACACACACACACACACACCCAGAUAAUGCAUGUGUAUACACUUGUAUACUGACUGUAUUUCGGGUAAUUAAUUCUAAAUAAUCGCUUGGAUAUGGUGGUUGUGAUAAGUCUUUAUUUUUUUCUUCUGUUAAUCAUUUUGUAAUUUAUGUAACUCUUAGAUUGAUUUCAUAUCUCUGCCACUUUAUGCUGAUUUCAUGCAUAUAUUUAAUAAUAAUAUGGUGUUUUGAUUU